UUCCACUCUGGAUCCAGAGAUGUGUGGCCGCUACAAGCUCCAAGUGAUGGUGAAGGACAUGGCCGGGAAGGCAAAUGCUUUCUUCACCACCGGCACCGUUACUGUAGAGGUGACAGGAAACACCUGGGCGUCACCUGACCCUGUGCGUCUUCAGGAGAAUCUUCCGGGCCCGUACCCCAUUCCCAUAUCCCAGGUGAAGUGGAGCGGAAGCCAGGCCGAGUACAGUCUGGAGGGGGAGUUUCCAGAGAUGCUCUUCACCAUCAGCAGAGAAGGAGUCAUUUAUCUCAACGCUCCUCUGGACAGAGAGACCCAAGACCAGUUUCUCAUCAGUAUUGUGGUUGAGCGUCCUGAUGGCAGAGAGAUCGCCAAACCUGUGGAGUUGAGGGUAAUGGUGGGUGACGCCAACGAUAACAGACCCACCUUCCCGCAGGCGCAGUAUCACGCCGUGGUCAAGGAACUGGCUGCUCGAGGAACAGAAAUCCUGACAGUGCAAGCAGCUGAUAAUGACGAUCCCAAAACAGAUAAUGUGAGGAUCUUCUACCGUUUAGUCGGGCAAAUUCCAGAGAGUCCACGCGCACUUUUCCGAGUGGAUCGGGACUCAGGAGUCAUCUCUGUGCAGGCAGACAGCAUGGAGGGCACAGCACCACAGUACACCCUUACUAUCACUGCUGAGGAUGCUAAAGGUGAAUAUGGGGUCUUUUCUAAGGCUUAGCUUAUAGGAAUAGUGUCUAUUCAUCAAAACAAAGGAAACUUAAAAAGGAGUUUUUGAUAACUUCAGUUGUAGUUUUUCAUAAUUUUGAAAAAUUUAAUAUCAGAAAAAAUCAAAUAUAAAACUACGGGUGAAGAAUUAGGUUUUUGUUGUUUUUUUUUCCCUUUUCUUUUACUAGUUCAAACAGUUUAUCUUGUUGAGAGACUUAGCUGUGCAGGGAAUGGCUCUUAAUUAUCAAAAUUCUCAUUUUUAUUCAAAAUAAAAACGUCUUUAAUAAAGUUAUAUCAAGGUCAUCGUUAUAGAUUUUUUUUUAGAAGAUGGGCUUGUUUAUUCACUGUGACAACCUCUAAAAUAAACAGCUGAAAGGCAAAAGAGAAGAUUUUUGCUUCUUACAUAAAACCCAAACAGAGUCGUAUUACUGUUAUUUGCUUUUCCUUUAGUUUGUUUUGUCAUUUCUUACAAAUAUGUAAAUGAUGCUGUAAGGUGCAAAACAGACCAGCGAUGAAGACACUGGUAAGGACACAGAUUAGGACAUUAAAAAUCACUGCGACACAGAAAUUUAAUUAGCUGUGAGCAUUUGUGCGUCAGUGGCUUUAUUGAUGUGUUUGGGGUCGAACGAGUGUAUAAAUGCCAGCCUCUAGGGUGAGAGAUGAUGUGAUCUGCAUGACUCAUGGACUUUUGGUGUGAUGGAAGCAAGACAAGGUACUUGCUGUUCCUUCACCAUAUUUUAUUUGCGAGCAGGGCUGACCCUGACUCACUAACAGAAGCUGUGAUGAUGCCCCCUGGCAGGUCUUAACAGUUCGUGCACUGUGGUUGUGACAGUGCAGGAUGAGAACAACAACCCACCAGCCUUUGCCCAGCAUGAGGUAAGACAGCACACGCUCAAACCUACACACACGU